AUGUCGCGAAACGGAUCUCGGCUCAACUCGGCGCUUGGCGCGAUCGCAGCUGUUCCAGGACCCUCCAUCAAGGCACUUCCGACAGCGCGGAAGGCGGCAGCGUCCUUGCGGUUCGCGGACACAGCUACUCGUGCCUCUGAGAAAGCUCCUAUCUCGCAAUCGGAUCGCAUCGCAGAAGCACGCUCGACGCGAGCGCACGUCCACGAUCAUGGCCAAGGCUCGUCCAAAUUACGGCGAGAUGCAGUGAGAGACAGCUACCUUGCAGUGCAAUCGUUCUUCCAGCGUCUACCACAAUCAAGCAUACAGCAACAAACGUAUCUAUCCCGCAAUGCUUUCUCGGCAGCGUCACAUUCCGCUUCAAUUACUCAACUUCGGAUCUUUGCGCCUCCCAGCAGCAUCGCGCAGCAAGCUCGUGCCUUUCAUGUUGCUCGUGUAGAUCGAUUUGACGACAAAGACCGACCCGACACAGAUCAUGUCAAGAAAGACUCACCUGCCGCAGCUCCGACUGCGGAUACAGCUCGUCAUCAAACAACAGAUCCGCCAAAGUCUGCACAGCCAGAUGGACAGAAUGGCCGCGGGGCAAAACCUGGACCUCAGAGCACAGAGUUGACGACAGCCGAGCGCGCCUAUCAUCAUUUUGCCAACUACCCUGCGUCGCUUCGACAGUUGGCAAUGCGUGCCGUACCCGCCUCCUCGCAGGGUGGACAGCCUCAGCCCUCGAAAUCCAACGAAGUCCAGCCGCACGACCAGCAUCGCCUCAGACCGUCCAAGGAAGAUCUGCUACGAUACGCGCAAGGAUUUUGGACACGACUCCGCAUCCGUUUCAAGUGGUUCACCAUCCGCGGCUUCCGUCGCUUCAACGCAGACGACAUCAGUGCCUUCUUCACCCUCGGCGGUUUCACCACCGCCGUGUUCAUCAUCGUCGGCACCACCACGUUCUUCUCACUCAUCUUUGCAGCUCUCAACGCGCUCAAUUUGCAAGAGUGGAUCGCGAGAAAGAUCGCCGACUACCUCACGGCUGAGACAGGUGUCACUGUGGUGUUCGAGAGCGCCAUAGUUCCCAAGUGGAAGGAGAGCAAGAUCAGCUUCAAGAAUGUAUUCAUCUCUCGUCGAGCCCACGGAGAUGUCGACUCGUUGCUCGAGGAGAGGCGGCAAAAGGCUCGCAAUCGCGGCGCCAACCGACCCAACAAGGUCAAGCGUCGCACUGCGGUCACCGCUGGCGAUGGUAUGGCGUGGGAAGGCACGCACUACGAGGAGGUGGAAGAGGUGGCGCCGCCCAUGAGCGAUGAGGCACGUGGCGAAGAUCUGGCCGAGGAUGAUACGGUCAACACCAACUACACCAUGUUCGACCUGCAGGUGGACUCGAUCGAUGUGACGCUGAGUCUGCAGCGAUGGUUCGAUGGUAAGGGACUCAUCGAGGAUGCCGUCGUCCGGGGUGUGCGAGGCAUCGUCGACCGACGCAACGUGUUCUGGGAUCCAGCCAAACCGUACGAUCCCAAAGCUGCUCGACGCCAGCCGAGUCACGGCGAUUUCGAGAUGGAAUCCGUCGUGGUCGAAGACUUCCUCGUCACCGUCUACCAGCCGAACGACUUCCGCCCUUUCAACUUUAGCAUCUUCAGCGCGCACAUACCCAAGCUGCGCAAGCAGUGGAUGUUCUACGACCUGCUGAGCGCCGAGUCGAUCACGGGCCAGGUGGACGGGUGUCUGUUCAGCUUGCACAAGCCGCAGAACAUCAGCCGCACGGUGGAGCAGGACCGCGAGAUCUCCAACUCCAAGUGGAAGACCAUGUCGCGCAUGCGCGUCGACGGUGUCAACUUUGACCACAUCCAGAACCAGUCGGAUCUGACGGGCCCGAUCUCGUGGAUCUUGUCGGGCAAGUUUGACGUGGUGGCGGAUAUCAAGUUCCCGCGGGAUCUGGAUGACGAGGCGGAUAUCAAUACGAUUAUCAUCGAGGUGCUGGACAAUUUGACGGCGGCGCUGUCGGGUGAGCCGAGUCGGGAUCGCGAUGAUGAUCCGAUUCCGGGGCAGCACCGGCUGAGCGGGCCUGCGAUCGAGGCACCGGUGUCUGCGGUGGGUCCUAUGGCCGAGCGUGUACGCAAGGAGAACGAAGAGGCGAGGCGCCAAGGUCGAGAACCGCCGAUGGUCGGGGCAAAGAGGCGAGCCGGAUCAGAGUCUCAGGCAAAGCCGUCAUCGGAGAGCAGUGCCGAGUCUUCAUCGCGCCAGCAGCCAGACGACGCAACCCAGCCCAAAACGUCGAUCCCACCUCCCGCCGUGGUGAUCGACAUGGACGUGCGCUUCAAAGACAUCAAAGCCGCCGUGCCCCUCUUCACGCACGACAUUAGCUACAGCACCAACGCGUUCGUCCGGCCCAUCGUCGCCUUCAUGAACGCCAACAAGACGCUCAUCCCGAUCCGGUGUCGCAUCGUGAUGGAUCUGAGCGAGUUCGACGGCUCGCUCGACCUGGCGCAGACGGGUCUGCUGCCCGUGGUGUCCGAGAAGAUCUACGAGGCGCUGGCGAACCACGUCGCGAGCCAGAAUGCGUCGAGCAAGCGGCUGAAGAACGUCAGCCUCUGGUCGUUGCAGGUCGGGGCGAAUGCGGCGUUGAAUCUGGUGACCGUGUUGAGGGAUACGAUGGCCAGGACGACGGGGACGAGCGGUGCGGUGGCGGUCAAGGGGAGGGCGUAG